AAGAAAUAAAUAAAUUAUCAUUUAUUAGUGUUAUUUACUUUUUAAGGGACUGUUAAAAAUAGCUAAAAUUACUGGAAAAAAAUGAAUAUAUUUGGCACACUCAAAUAAACUAACGGUUAAAUAUAUUAGCUUUCAAAGAAAAUAAAUAUUAUUGGAAGAGCUAAUUCUUGUCAUAUUAUUGUUAAACAUGCUAGCGCUUCAAAAGAACACUGCUUAAUUGAAUUUGAUGAGAAAAACAGUGCUUUUUUAAAAGAUUUAGAAUCUCUUAAUGGCACCUAUUUGAAUGACCAAAGAUUAAAAAAUGGAUAAUCUGUUUAAAUAUUUGAUUAAGAUGUUAUUUAAGUUGGUUAAGAUUAGAAUAAGUUCAUUUUCUUUCAGUCAAAGGCUAAUUAAGCAGCACUAUAAUAAAAGAGUUAAAAUAUAGGAGAAUAAGUAUUACGUGACGAAAUUCCGAGAAAAGAUAAAGAUUUUAAGAUUUCUGUAGUUGAUUAUUCCUUUAGAGAUAAUUCAUUUUCUAAAUAGCCAUAGCAAUAGCAAAAGAAAAGCUAUUCUGUAAACUAGGUAGGUUCUUCUUAUAAUAAUAAUAAUAAUAGUAAUAAUUUAGGAUCUACAUAAUUUGCAAAUUAAUCAUAUCAACAUAUUCAUUAAGAAUCACAAUAAUUAGGAAAUUUUACUCCGAAUUCUUAUAACAUCAAGCAACAAAAAUUGGAUAAAUUAGAAGGAGUGAAAUAAGAAUUAUAUAAUUAAAAUAUUGAUCUUAAUGAUAAGCUACUGUAAAGAGAGGAGUAAAUAAUACGCUUAGAAAACGAAAUCAAAUUAUUGAGAAACGAAAACGAUGCAGUUGUUGAAGAAAACGAUAAAUUAAAGGCGAAAUAAAAAGCACUUUAGUUGUAUUCUUCUGAAUUAUAGAAAUAAAUAGAUCUUUUAAAUGAAGAAGUAAAGCAAAAAAAUAUCUAAUUUGCUGAUUUAUCUGAAUAAGAUUGGACUAGAAAAUUACAAGAAAACAAUGUUGAAAUUAAAAAUUUGAGACAGCUUCUAACAUAAAAAGAUGCAGAAGUACAACAAUUAAAGAAGAAUAUAAGCACUUAUUUCUAGAAUACAAGAGAUAUAUAAUAAAAUAAUACUACGCUAUUUUUGGAACACUAAGCUAAGGAAUUAGCUGCCUGUAAGAAAUAAGUAUUAGAAUAUGAGAAUAGAAAUAACGAAUGCUCAAGAAGGUGGACUUCACUGCUUUAGGAAAAUUCUGAUAAAGAUGAUAAAAUUAAAGGUUUAAAAUUGCAAUUAAGUAGAUAAAUAGAGACGAUGUAAACCCUUUACUCUGAUUUUGACAGAAAAAUUAAUGAAUAUAAUACUAAAUUACAAAGAGUAUUUGAUGAACAUGAAGAUAUUGGAGAUAAGUAAAGAGAUGCAGCCGAGUUUUUGGUUUAAUAAGUUGCAUUCAUGUAAGAAGAAAGAAAAAAUUUAGCUGUUGAGAACGAAAACUUGCAUACUUAAAUUUAAGAAUUGAUUUCAGAAGUUGAAAAAAUGAAGUAGGAACUAGAGAAUUAUGCAGUACUUUUUGACGUUAGUGUUAUGGAUUUGUCAUCUAACAAAGCAAAUCAAGGUAACAUCAUUUCUAAAUUAAAAAACAGAAUAGAUGAAUUUGAAGAUCUUAUAAAUGAGACUAAGUAAAAAGAGAGUGUAGGUAAAUUGAUAGAAUUAUAGGACUUAUUUGAAGAAAUAGAGAAGAAAUUAGAUAGAGAAAGAAUAAUUAAUGACGAACUGAAUAAACAGUUGAAAACAUUGUAAUUAACUAAUAAAUCAGAAUCAAUAAACGAAUAAAAUUGCAUUGAUUUCUUUUCUAAUCUUCUAGAUGAAAAGGAUAAAAAAAUAUAAAUUCUAGCAAAUUAAGUAGAGUAAUUUUAGAUGAAAGAAAAGCAGUACAACGAAAGAAUUGAAGAUUUAAAUAACAAUCUUAUGCUCACAAACAAAAAUUUUAAUGAAUAUAAAAAUAAAAAUGAGAGAAUGGCUGAGAUAAUGCAGCAAAAUAGAUAAGCUGGCAGCUCUAUCACAGCUUAAUUUGGUGUAUAAAACUAUCCAUAAAAUAUAAUUUCAAAUGAAAGAGUUCAAGAGAAACUUUAAUCUGAUGCUAGAAUAUAUAAAGCUUCUUAUAAUGAUUACGAAUGA